UUAAAAGUGAGAAUCUUUGGGGCUGGGCUGGGAGGAAUAACCGGAUCGACGGAUAUAUCACCGGUACGACCGGCCGGUCGCAGGCUUGUUCAUAAUAGAACGCGACGUCGCGAACGGCAAACUUAAAAAAUAAGAAUUGCCUUGGCUGCGUCGAAAGCAAUAAUCGAGGCUUCACCAUCUCCGCUUGUCUGGUUAAACAAAAACAAGCAACCCAUAGUUAUUUGUAGGGCUGUCUCUCUAAAGUGACCUUGAUAGUACGUUCUGUGGAUACUGUACUUAUUUUGUAACUUGCUGUGGGGCUGUUGCCGAGCACCACGAUCACACACGCGCACCGCAGACUCAUUUGGCAGGCGUGGUUUGGAGGCUGCCGUGGGGUUUAUUGUAGUUUGCAAGUUCAUUGUUGCUUGUCCGGCGGUCGAGAAGGAAAAGGCGAUGGCUGGAGGUGGGAGUUUGACUGCGGGCACGGGAGCCCUCCUGCCUUUGGGAGCUGAACUGUUCAGGACGCUGUCGGGUCUGCUUAUCGUCGCGGAAAUGGUCUUUGGUGGUCUCGUGUGGAUUCUGGUGGCCUCCACAAACCUAAAGGGCACCGAUCUGAGCCAGGGAUGGGUCAUGUUCGUCUCCGUUACAUUCUUUGUCUUCACCAUUGUCCAGUUUGUGCUCUACAUAAUCUCCAUGCCCAGCCAGACAGCAGGAUGGGUCUCUCUGCAUGCCUGGUUCAACUUGGCAGCGUUCAUCCUGUACCUGAGCGCCGCUGUGCUACAGGCCAAUGUCACCGCAUGCACCCAGCAGCAGUGCUGGCUGAUGUACUCUGGGCAGUCGCCGUCCGCUGCUGCCACCACCACCAUGGCACCCAGCACAGUGUCCACGGUGACCCAGAACAUGUCCACGGUGAACCAGAACAUGUCCACGGUGACCCAGACUGCGACCCCUUUUCCGAACUCCUCGGUCACGGGCUCCUUUGUGCCCACGUCGAGUUUGACGCCUGUCACCUCGUCUUCCCCCGGCAGCCCCACAGCAAGCCGCACUCUUUCGUCGACCCUCGCAACGAGCGUGUCGAGCAGUGUCUCGACAACUACAGUUAUGGCCUCUAUGACAACUACGUCACCUACGUCUAAAUCUGCUGGUCGCAAGCGCCGUGAAGUUCCCGAGCCAAGCUACUUGGGGUAUCCCAAUGCCCAGCUGAUCCGGCUGCUGAUAAGAUUGGUGCGGGAGCGGAGCGUGCGUGCCAAUGAGUCCUCUACGAUGGCCAUGCCGAUGACGAACACGAGCUCCGUCGUGACCACCAAGAGUCCCACCGACAACGACACGUACCGCAUAAACGUGGCGGCGACGGUCUUCAGUUACCUCACAACCUUUUGCUACGCGAUAAAUGCCUACGUUGGAAUGGGCAUGUGGAAGGACCACUAGCGAAUAAGAAUUUUCCCCGAAGUCGUGGUGAAGAAUGAAAAACAAGCCGCCUUUUGUCAUUGUUGUUUAAAACAUAUUCAUUUGGUUUCUUGGCAACAUGGUAGUGUUACAAGCAAGGGGGCCCAUCACAGUAACUUUUGCAGUGUGCAGCAUAGCAACAUUCGUAGACGACACUCCUACCAUGUUACCUUGCCAUUUUAAGCAGUUAUGACAACUGAAAGAGGCAGCUAGGGAACUUAACAACAGGAACAUUCUCGACUGAGGUAGAUCCUAUAGGUCCAACAGAUGGACUUCUGCGGUACAGUCUGUUUUUAUUUUUACAAGACCAGUAAUAUUAAUAAUAAUAUAUAGUUAUUUAUCUUGGAAACCAUGAACGCCCUAUUCUCCAGAUUUAUAGCAAUCAACUUUUUUUUUCCCCACCCUGUAUAUUGAAGGAAAAGUUGGGUGUGUGACGACAUUUGUGCUCUGAAUAAAAUUAUAAGUUUUGGAUACAUCUUUAUGUGUAGGGUCUAAUCUGCAGAAUAUGGUGAUUAUUAAGACAUUUGCAGGGAUUAUUUUACUUAAUGUUUGGACGUUACAAAGCAAGCUGAGAGCUGAUUUUAUGGUCCAAAUUGCAAUUCCCAGUAAUUUCAAACUAAUAAUUGUUCCGCGAUGGUUUGGGGUGGAUAAUCUGUUAACUAUAUCGGUAUACAUAACAUUGCAAAGUAAUGCACAGAGCGGAUACUAUUAAUUGACAAAUAUUGUUUUAAAAGUAAAUGGAGUUGCGCACGAGUGAAAUACAUUCGUAAUGUUGCUGCUUCCAAACGUCAAUCUGUCCUGGAGCCCUUAAUCCCUUUUUGUAGUCAAUUGUGUAGAAUACUUUGUCAUGUAUCUCUGCAGGCAUCUCUUACUUCCAAAACAAUUUGGCCGACCUUUUUGCCUAAACCUUUAUCUUGCACGCAGGAUUAGUUGCAGCAUUACCACACCCUCAUUAGUAAACGCACUACAUUCCACAAAUACUUUUUUUAAAUAAGUUUGUACAAGGCCGAACAUGUGGUUUACCUGGUGCUUUGUGAAAUCCUUUUUCAAUUCGUUAGCAGUGGGUUUCAGUUGUCCCCCAAGAAGCUUCAAAUACAAUUGUUAGGUGUCAAAUGAAAUUAAACGCGUCAUCUGUUCUUCAAUGCUAUACAAAUUUGGGUGCUAUACCGAACUUUGUGCGGGGGGUGCCUUUGUCUAUAUUUUAAAUAUGUUUCUCCUGCCGUCUGUACCGUUUUUCAUGAUUUUUUUUCAAAUAAUAAAUGGUUUGAUACA